AUGGAGAAAAGCGCCUUCUUUCCCAGGGUGGUGCUCUGUUUCGUCGUAGUUUUGUCCGCGUGCUCGGCGUGGCGAGUGGAAGGGAAGAACUGGUCGUACGAUUUCAAGAAGCCGCUGGACAGCGAUGAAACAAGAAAAGAGACUAUCUCACCAGGUGAGAGUGUUUCGAUACAAAAUUCUGGGAGCAUUACGCUGGCGUACAACCCAACAGGCGACACACAAGUUCUCAGGGCUUCGUCGGGAGACAGCUGCAGGGAUGAGCCAAUCGAACUUGCGACUUUAUUCCCAGCAGCCACGCCGGCGCCCACGUGGAUGCAAACUGGUAGCACGAGAACCUUAGCGUUUCCUACCAACGCAGUACCCGCGAAGCAGACCACGCCGUUCUGUUUUAAAGUCACGGAUACGCAGAAGAACAAAACUCUGACAGCGAUAAUCAAGGUCGCCGGUGCCCAAGGCUUGUCUGCUGCUCUGGGGGUCUCCAUUGGAAUACCAGCUCUUGCUUUUGCACUGAGUUCGAUAUAA